UUUACGUGCAGAUCAAAUAGGCGAUAAAUCAUCGAACAUUUGUUUAAGUUUUUCUGGAAUUGAUCAUUCUAAUAAGAUUAAUUUUAAAUUGUACAUUAUGCUAUCUGUUCCCCUCCCGCUGUUUUAAUGUCAGGCAUUUGUAUUGACACAUCUCACCGACGGAGGACGACAACAUGGCGGCUUCCUUGCGUCUCGGUCGUCAAGGGAUUUUAUUUGGUCUUAGAUUAUCUAAUUUUAAUACAUGCGUAUGGGCUACACAUCCAUGGCAGGAGCAUGUCAGACACUUAUUUCGGUCUCCAUGGAUCCUCGGUGUCAGCCCAGUCAAAGUGCAAAUGCCUGCACUCUCCCCAACCAUGGAGGAGGGAAACAUAGUCAAAUGGCUGAAGAAGGAAGGUGAGGCAGUGGCAGCCGGUGAUGCCCUUUGUGAGAUUGAGACUGACAAGGCUGUUGUUACCCUGGAAUCUAAUGAUGACGGUAUCAUGGCAAAGAUAUUGAUGGAGGAGGGAAGUCGCAAUGUGCGCCUGGGCACUCUCAUUGCCCUCAUGGUGGAGGAAGGGCAGGACUGGAAGCAGGUUGAGAUUCCCUCUCCAGAUGCUGCUGCUCCACCUGCUACAGAUGCAGCCACUGCCCCAGUUGUGCCCCCUGCUGCAGCCUUUCCAGCUACUCCACCAAAACCAGCCACGUCAGGACCGUUACGUCUUAGUCCAGCAGCAAGACAUAUCCUGGACACCCAUGGUAUAGACCCAACAUUGGCCACACCCACUGGACCAAGAGGACUUAUCACCAAGGAAGAUGCAUUAAAUCUCUUGAAGACAUCUCCUGCCCCCAAAGCAUCCCCAGCCAUGGCUGCCCCAGCUGCCCUGAGUCCUGUCCUCACCCCGGCAGCUGCCCCUCCACCCCCAGGCAGCAGACCCAACAUACCUCCACUCUCUGUACCAGGGAAACCAGGAGCACCGGGCACUUUCACAGAGAUCCCAGCCACAAAUGUCCGCCGCGUGAUUGCUCAAAGACUAACGCAAUCGAAGACCACCAUCCCCCACGCGUAUGCCUCAGUUGACUGUGACAUGGCUGCCGUCAUGCAUCUCCGCAAAGACUUGGCCAAAGAACAGAUCAAAGUGUCAGUUAAUGAUUUCAUUAUCAAGGCAGCUGCUGUUACACUUAAAGAGAUGCCAGAAGUGAAUGUGACCUGGUCUGGUGAUGGACCCCGCGCACUUGAUUCAAUCCACAUUUCAAUCGCAGUGGCGACUGACAAAGGCCUCAUUACCCCCAUCAUCAAGGAUGCUGCAAACAAAGGAGUCCAGGAGAUCUCAGCUAAUGCUAAGGCACUGGCCCAGAAAGCUCGAGAUGGGAAACUUCUACCUGAGGAGUACCAGGGAGGCUCAUUCAGUAUAUCUAACCUGGGGAUGUUCGGUAUCAGUGGCUUCAGCGCUGUGAUCAACCCUCCUCAGGCGUGUAUCCUUGCCAUCGGGACCUCCAGGUCCGAGCUGCGACUGUGCGAGGAUGACCAGACCCUGCGCACCCAUCAACUGAUGACAGUUACACUGUCCAGUGACGGACGACUAGUGGAUGACGAAUUAGCCUCACGAUUUCUAGAUAAAUUCCGCGGCAACCUAGAAAAACCGCAACGCAUGGCCCUAGCCUGAUCAAACAAAGUGAGAUAUAGCUGAAUGAAAGGGAUUGGAAGGACAAACACCUGCAUGACAAAGCCUGUCUCGUGCUUUCACAAGCAGAGAGCUCCUGAAGUCUUUCUUUGUUCGUGCUUGGAUUAAGGAUUACAAAGUAGGCUUGUGUAGUAUAAACUUGUGAUUGGUGCUUGCUUCUAAUAGAAAAUCACCAGGCUUUGUGAUGGAGGAGUUAAACUGGGCUUCUGCUGGAGUGGUAGAGGAUUCUAGCAGUGGUGCCAAAUAUUAAGACAGUAAAGAGGUUGUG